AUGCAGGAUCUAGGAAGCUUUUUUAUUCCUUACACUAUUGGAGACAUCACUAUCCAAAGAGUCUUAUGUGACCUUGAAGCUAGCAUCAAUCUCAUGCCACUUUUAUUAAUGAGAAAGCUCCAUAUUGAUGAAGUAAAAUCCACACGUAUUUCUCUUCAACUUGCUGAUCUUUUCAUUAAAUUUUCUGUAGAAGUUGUUGAGAAUUUACUUGUGAAAGUGGGUCUAUUUAUUUUUUCUACUAAUUUUGUCAUACUGGAUAUAGAAGAGGACAAAAAUGUCUCUAUUAUUCUUGGAAGACCCUUCUUAGCUACAUGUAGAGCUCUAAUUGAUGUGCUAAAGGGUGAACUAACCCUGAGGGUCAUUGAAGAGGAAGUGGUCCUUAAUGUGCUUGAGGCUCUUAAACACCCCAGUGAUUUUGUAGGGUGUGUGAGAGUGGAACUUGUUGAACCACUUGUUCAAGAAGUGUUGGAAGCUGAUGAGCUUGAUGAUGCUUUAGACCCCUCCCCCCUUCUGGGGACAAUUUGCUUGAGAUUGAUUAUUCACCACCUCAAAAGGAGGAGUGCCAUGCGCCUAGUAUUGAGAAAAGAGCUUCGAAACUUGAGCUGA